AUGGAUGUUCACAACCACUACAACAUAACAAAGGAUAUUAACGAACCUUUAGCUAUUACUCACAGUGGGGAGAACUCUUCCUCUAUUCCACCAAAGUCCCCGUUAUUGGAUAUAAGCGAACCACUAUCGGUGGCUGAUACCACGGAUUCACUUGAUGUAGAAACGCAUAUUGAUAAAUUCGAUGGUAAUGAACAAAAUGCGAAGACACAAUCUUUGCUUUUGAAAUCCACAAUUGAAAACGAAUCGUCUGUAAUUACUACGAAAACCACAAUACCAGUCAACAAUGCGACGCUCCCAAUUCAAUUACCCACAACACUGGGUAUGACACCCAUAAACGGUACCUCUUUUCCAACUAACAAGUCCACAUUACCUGCUUUUGAGUACAUUUCGCCGACCAACCAUUCCCUCAACAUCGCAGAUUUUCCUCUCAUGGAGCUAAAUAGAGUCGGUGUGUUUCCCGCUUUCUUACAUAGACGCUCACGCGGAGAAAAGCGACCUAUUCCCGAAGAUCAAAAAGAUGAGAAAUAUUAUGAACGGCGUAAACGCAACAAUGAGGCGGCAAAAAAAUCCCGCGAUGCGAGAAAAAUACGAGAAGAUCGCAUUGCAUUCAGGGCAGCACUACUUGAACAAGAAAAUUCGAUCUUACGUGCUCAAGUCAUGGCAUUGCGCGACGAAUUGCAAACUAUUCGCCGUUUGAUUAGUUCAAAUACAACAGGGACAGCGACACCUAUUUUAGGAACAAAUACCAGAGGACUAAUCGCGUUAUAAAGCCGUAAAUGGUAUAUAUGUCUGUGAAAUUGUAAAUAAUAUGUAUGUACAUGUACAUAGUUUGUACAUAUACAUUAGUGUGGCCCUUAUUUUUAAAAGUAAAAAAAUGUUUAGCUCCCAAUCUCUGAUUUUGUUUGAAUAGCUAAAAAAAAUUGUAUGUGCAAAAUUUUGGAAGGAUCGAACAAGUUUUUGACGACCCUCAUCGACCUUGAAGUUUUCAGAUAUAUUAAGUAGGUACGUAUGAUCAUCAUCUAAUGCCAUACAAUUUUUUAUUACUGCACUCUGAAAAAAGGCAGCGAAAUAUAUUUCUCUCAACACAAGAUUUGGUUACUGUAACCAAAUCGUGUAACUAUACCCAAAUCACGUGUUGAGAGAAACGUUUUUAGUUGUAACUAAACUCUUUUUCUCAGUGUCCUUAUACACUUAGUAAUUAACUUUUCUUUAUUCUUCAUAAG